AUGGGCAAAAUUACAGAUACUCCAGCAUAUCUGACUUCAGAUGAUGCCAAAUAUACUCUGGGCAUUCAUCGUGGCCCAUUGAUAUCCAAGGAUGAUGAAGGCGCCCAGCUUGCACAAGUCGAAUCGGCCGGGGGUUUAUCAUUGGAGACGAGGAAGUUGAAGCGCAGUGAGAAGUUCCAGCGCCAUUGGAAGCGAUUCUGGUGUCUGCAUCUUUUGGUGACUAUCAUCUUCCUAGCGAUUUUCCUGCCUGUCUUCUUCCUGGUUGCCAUUCCAGCCAUCUCACAAAUGGUCGUCAACAAGUCCGACCUAGUAUUGGUCCAAGCCUCGGUCCUAAACCCGCGACCGGACAAGAUUGAAUUGACACUGUUGUCGGCAUUGGACCUCAAAAUCGCACUGCCUGUACGCAUUGAACCGAUCACAUUAGAUCUAUUCGUGCGCGACACUGGUGCAGAGAAUGCAUGGGCCCAGGCCACAAUCGACGGCAAGGUCAUCAAGGGAAACACCACGCUAGGCGUGACCAACAUCGAGACGCCGCUGACCAACUUGACCACCUGGGAGGAGUACGUGUACAAUGUCGUGUUUGAGAAGGAGACCGCGCUGGCGGUCAAAGGUGUAACCAAUUCGUACUUGGGGGUGCUCAAGUCCAAGGUCACUAUGGACAAGAAUAUCAUGUCGCCAGUGCUGGACCAAUUCAAGGGAUUCAGUAUCUCCGACAGUGGACUCAUUCCAGCCCGCGAAGACGGCACCAACCUAGUCGGGAAUGCCUCCCUCCCCAACCCGUCCGUGUUGACUCUCGACAUUGGCACGAUCGUCCUGGACGUUAAGAGCGGCGACCUCGUCAUUGGAAACGCCACCCUCAAAGACAUCACCCUCAAACCGGGUGACAACGUGUUCCCUUUAACCGGCAUCCUCGACAUACACACAAUGGUCGAGAACCUCCGAGAGGUACUCGCAUCGCAGGCAAAGGCCCUCACAACAGGCAACUUAUCCCUGGACACGGUAACCCGAACCGUCACCUGGAACGGCACGCUGGUGCCAUACUACACCGAUGUGAUGAAGCAGCUAACGCUGACGGCCAACGUGCCAAUCGCCGAUCUUGUUAAAAACACUGUUCACAACCUGCUCAGCGGCAAUGAAACCCUCAGAGACAUUCUCAAGUCAGGGGGUGAUACGAGCAAGCUACUAGGCGAUCUCACGAGUAGCAAUGGCGACAGUGACACUGCCAGCUCAGCACUAUCUGAAACCUCCGAGCUCGCAUCCAAGAUGAAGACGAACAUUGCAGUGCGCGAUAUGUUCCGUGGCGCGCACCCAGUUAAACGGGAUCUAAUUAUCAAUUCGCUGGCUGGGAUGUACAAGAAGCUGUGA